GCGGCGGCGGCGGCGGCGGCCCAAGAUGGCGGAGCUGCAACUGGACCCGGCGAUGGCGGGGCUGGGAGGGGGUGGCGGGAGUGGGUUGGGCGACGGGGGCGGCCCGGGUCGCGGGCCCCCCAGCCCUCGCCCCGCUGGCCCCAUGCCCCGCGGGCAUGGCCGCCAGCCCACCGCCGCCGCGCAGCCGCUGGAGCCGGGUCCCGGACCACCCGAGCGGGCAGGGGGCGGUGGAGCCGCCCGCUGGGUCCGGCUGAACGUGGGCGGCACCUACUUCGUGACCACCAGGCAGACCCUAGGCCGGGAGCCCAAGUCUUUUCUCUGCCGCCUCUGCUGCCAGGAGGACCCGGAGCUGGACUCAGACAAGGACGAGACAGGGGCCUAUCUGAUUGACAGGGACCCUACCUACUUUGGUCCUAUCCUGAACUACCUCCGCCAUGGGAAGCUCAUCAUUACGAAGGAGUUGGCAGAAGAAGGUGUGCUGGAGGAAGCGGAGUUUUACAACAUUGCGUCUCUCGUGCGACUUGUUAAGGAAAGGAUACGGGACAACGAGAACAGAACUUCACAGGGCCCCGUGAAGCACGUGUACAGAGUCCUGCAGUGCCAAGAAGAGGAGCUCACGCAGAUGGUGUCCACUAUGUCUGACGGUUGGAAAUUUGAACAGCUAAUCAGCAUCGGAUCUUCCUAUAACUAUGGAAAUGAGGAUCAGGCAGAAUUCCUCUGUGUUGUCUCCAGAGAAUUAAAUAAUUCUACCAAUGGCAUUGUCAUUGAGCCGAGCGAGAAGGCAAAGAGAAAAGGUGUUUGGUUACCUUUGUGAUUCCCUCCCGCCCCCCGACGCCUUGAAGUUACUGGAAAAUGGUUGCACACUGUUAUCUUUUUUCCUCCACUGUGCCCCCGCCUCGUACACAAACACACGUACAUGCUUCUAAAUCAUCAAUAUGUGGUGAGCCCGGACCGUAUCCUUUCUCACAGGGGAAGUGGUCCAACAGCACAUAAACUCAGGCCUUGCCAUGUUCAGAAAAAGCCUUUUACAAGUGCAGUGCUUCAGGGGCGGUUGCCUGGCUUCCGGGGGUGACAGGCAUCGUCGUGCUGCUCCGCGGGGUCCAGUGGAAAGCGGCUCCGGGUCUCUUUCUCUUCCCUCGGCGGUCUGGUAAGCAACCGCCGCCCAAAAGCAGUCUGCAUCCAGCCUCCAAGCCUCAGCCCUCUCCCCCACCUUCCCCUUCCAGAUUCUUCAGGAGAGAGGAUCUCGGAUGUAAAGUCCGGAGUCCUAACCGACGAGAAAGCAACCCAGCAGAGCACCUCUGUGAAGUUAAGUCUUGCUCCUGUACAGUAACCGAGCUACUGCAAAGCAAAGCUGAGCUUGGCCCCCCCGGUGGAGAAGUGUUCUGGUCAAAACCAAAGGAACCCCAGCCCCACCCACAGGAACCGGAAGACAGAGGCCGCUUCCGGCUGCAGAAUACCUUUUCAGUACCUGCUUCUGUUUUCUUAGCCAGUGUUAUAGCAAAUCUUUACAAGAGCAGCUGGGCCGGGUUCCCAGCUGGAGCUGAUCUAGGGCUAGGGGGAGGGGAAGAGGAAGGCCUAGGUCUUUGCACAUAUGCUGUGCUUCAAGGAAGCUGGAGCAAACGAAGAGGUUUUUCCCUGCGCUGUGCCACGUUUCCACCUGAGUGGGCCAUGUCGGACGUUGGCAGCCGCUUUGUAACACCAUCUUUCCCCGCCCAUGCACCCCCAAAUAAUGCAGCAGAUGCAAAGGGUUCUAGCUUCAGGUUGUUGAACUGAGGUUUGGAUAGCGUUGUCAGAGUACCCCACAUUGCUGUGAACAAAGCCUCCUGGAGGAGGGGGAGGAUAGGGUGUCCUUGGCUGUGGUUGGAGACGGGGGAUCGCGGCUCUGGGUUCGGAGCACCCAGCUGCUACCAUGUUCAGCUUUGCGUCGUUUGUCUCCAGCAGCCUGGACCCCCCAGAUAGCUUGCUUUCUCCCCAAGAAGAGGUUUGAGGCAGGCGGCAUCCUGCGCCGAAUGAGACAGACAGACAGGCGCUUUAGGUAGUUGAUGUAACUGCUUCUGCAGCCUUUUCUUGCCCUCCAUUGGCCCGUCUUCCUUCCCUGACUUUUUAAACUGGGGCUGAGGGUAAAGGGACUUUGGACCCUCGAUGGCUUGGGGUGGGGACGGCUGUUUUCUUUGAAAGUUGCCAAAUGUGUUGUGUUGUAGUAUCCAAAAGUGGUAUCAUUUUUGUGGUGGUCUCUUGGAAAUGCCUUGACCAAAAGUGCGAUAUUUGUGUCUCUUCUUGGUUUCUGACCUGGGCGGCGUCAGUGAGCCCCCCGCACCAUCCCCCAUAGCGUGUGUGCGUUUGCUGGGCGGUCUGAGGACUCCCCCAUCUCUGACCUAACCCUCACCACCACUUCUUUCUGUGGAGCGCCAAGGCGUCGCGGAUCAAACGCUGUUGGACCCAGAGGAGCAAAGCCCUCCUUUGGGCUGUGCCCUCAGAGCUCGUAACUGGACUCUAAGCUUUUGAGUCUCGGUGAACAGUCAUGGCACGCAAAGGGGCCAGAGAAUCCUGACUUUUCCCCGGGUGACUUUCUUAGGGUGGCAGAUGGUCUGGAGGAGGGGGAGGUGCCCACGGGGAUGCUCCAUCCAUAAAAGCCCCCUCAAGCCCAUGGCUCCUGGGCACCUUCAAAGCUGAGGUUCUCUCUGCUCCACAGCUCAGCUGCUUACUGCAUGGGUCUGGGGUCAUGGUGUUUUGGAAAUGACUAUCGACUAUGCCAAAUGUCUUCUGAGCCUGUGACCUGCCCCUGCCCAGGCGGCCUAGCUCUUCUCCAGGACUCGCACGUUGCCCUCGUGUGUCUGCGUAGAGUAGGGUAGAAGUGUGUAUCCAGGGCGUCUGCUGACACGCCGUGUCCGCGCACCAACGGGAACGUGCACGUCGGCGCCUCGGAAGUCUGGCCCGAGCCCAGGAUUUUUACAGUUGUAAAAUGUUAGAGGAACUUCUACCUACAAUAAAAACAGUCACCCUUCAGAAAGGUGACAGAUGUCCAUCCUGUCAUCUUUCAGGGGAAAAAAAAAAAAGAUUUUGAGUGAGUCAAGGAAAAGCUGCCCUGAGUAGGACAGAACUAUGGGCGAGGUGCUCUUUGGCCUAUUUGAAUGAGAACCGUCAGACUGAAAGGAGGGAAAGCAGCUGCACCUGGGGCCUCGUGCCCAAUCAGAUUGCUUUCUGGGGCUCACCUGGUGAUCGGCCUCUGGUCCCAAGCCAGCAAGAAGGAGCGAGGAGGCGUGGGCCAGCCCCUCAGGAUGCGUAGUUUCUUUCAUCAUGCUUCUCAGAGGUCCACCGUGGAGCCUGCGAAAAGACUGCUGA